CAUAAGAAAGUGCCUGGUCUUUUGCUCCUCUCUCUCUUUAUCCCUUCCAUGCUGUUGCAAUGUGAAGACCAGGAAAGCUUUUGGAGCUUUCUUCCUCUUCACCAUCCCAUUGAUCAUCAUUACAUGACAAGGAAAAUUUUGAGCCCCAAAAAAUUUUCCCUCAGAUUUUCCUCUUCUGAGAUAAGAAAUUUGCCAUAAGCCCUCUUCUAUCAUCUUUCAUUUCAUCUCCCUUAAUCCCUGUACAAGUUUCGAUCUACUUCCCAUUUCAUUGCCUCCAAUCUGACAUUGAUUUUGUUAUUGCAGAUUUUGAGGAUUUUGGGUUUUUGCUAUUUGUCAUAGAAUCAAAAGUUGUUCCUUUCUUGGUGAAGAAAGAUGUCGAUUUUGCCAAAGAGUGAAUCGAUUCACAUUAGGGAAGUUUGGGAGGAGAAUCUAGGAAGUGAAAUCGAGUUAAUUAAAAAUAUUGUGGACGAGUACCCUUACAUCGCUAUGGACACUGAGUUCCCGGGUAUUGUUCUACGCCCAAUAGGCAAUUUCAAGAGUAGUUUUGAAUACAAUUACCAAACUUUGAAAGCAAAUGUUGAUCUUUUGAAAUUGAUUCAGUUGGGCCUUACUUUCUCUGAUGACAAAGGGAAUUUACCUACUUGUGGAACUGAUAAAUUCUGUGUUUGGCAAUUCAAUUUCCGUGAAUUCGAUCCCAAUGAGGAUGUUUAUGCUAAUGAUUCCAUUGAGCUUUUAUCUCAAAGUGGCAUUGAUUUUAAGAAGAACAAGGAAAAGGGUGUUAGUGCUCAUCGGUUUAGUGAACUGUUAAUGUCAUCUGGGGUUGUUUUGAAUGAUAGUGUGCAUUGGGUGACUUUUCAUAGUGGUUAUGAUUUCGGGUAUUUGCUUAAGUUGCUUACUUGCAAGAAUCUUCCCGAGACACAAGCAGAGUUCUUUAGUUUGAUCGAUAUCUAUUUCCCUACUCUUUAUGAUAUCAAGCAUCUGAUGAAGUUUUGCAACAGCCUUCACGGCGGGUUGAACAAGCUUGCAGAGCUGUUAGAUGUGGAGAGGAUUGGUAUCUGUCACCAAGCUGGUUCGGAUAGUUUGCUUACUAGUUGUACAUUUAUGAAAUUGAAAGAAAAUUUCUUUAGUGGGUCGACUGAGAAAUAUGCUGGUGUUUUGUAUGGUCUUGGUGUUGAGAAUGGACAGAAUACACAUUAGAAAGCAAAGAAUUGUGGAAAUAAGAUGAAAAUAAAAUCUUUUCCUUAGAUUUUGUGUUCCAUUUUGCUAUCUACUUCUACUAUCUAUUCUCUUAUAAUCAGCCUAUAUUGGUAGACCUGUUAUACUUGGUUGUUUUACUCUUGUUGGUCAUCAAAGAAUGCAUAUGAGUGGAGGGAGAGGAGGAAGGGAAAGAAAUAGAAAUGUUUCAGAAUAGCCAAGGGAGAAGGCCCUUUCUCUUGACAUUUUCUGUCUAAUUCUAAGCUUACUUUCCAGAAUCCUGACAAAGAUGUGUCAUGCCCUGGUCUUCUGAGUAACUGCAUUCAAAUGAAAUAGGUGGAAGGAUAGUUUCUUGAUGGCUUUGACCUAUUCCUAUGUGUUUGUUUACUGAUAUGGUAACCUUAUCCAAAUGUGUGUAUAAGAUCAAAUUCUACUUGAUGGCUCUUUCUUUCAUUGCAAUUAUUUCAUCCUGUCUCAGUUCAACAGCCAUAACUCAGCUUUGCUAAGGAGCAACUGUGAUGUAACUUGAGUUUCUUGUAUGUAAUUAGUUCUAGUGCUAUAUUAUUUGAUGCGAAGACACUGCCAUUUUGCAAA